AUGGAUUUUGAUCCAAUCGACGACAGUCAAGGGACAGCCCCGGUACCUGCCGAGCUGACGACUGUAACUGCCCAAGUUGAGGGUGACUUCCUCUUUAGGAACGCUCCUUCUUCUGCAACGACUGUGAGCUCGCCUUUCGAUCUUGAACUUCCACCUUUCUCAGUCACUUCAUCCUCCGAGUCGAGUCUUGGAGCUCCAGGUCCUACGGCCCCAAAUUCGGUUCCCUCCACAGAGUCUUUUGUUCUUCUGUCCCCUCGUUCUUCUCUUUCUGAGGCACCUCAGGAACAUUCUCACCGCAAUCAAUCCCCUGUUAGUGACCCCAUCCCAGCAAGCCUUGCUUCAACGAACAUCACUUCAUCUUUUCCAUCUCUUGAUGAUCUUAGCGAUAGCUUCAAAAUGAGCUGGCCAUUUAACGGAGGUGCUCUCCCCAGCGAGGGAGAAUUUGCGAGAUUUGAGAAAUCCUCGGUCGAGGAACUCUUGCAACCACGCUCUAUUCCUUUUGCUAGCAUCGUUGAAGACCCUCUGCCUCCUCGCACUGGGGUCUUGAAGAUCUCCAACAUCCCUUACACUCUGACCCGGCAAGAGGUGACUUCGUUCCUUGGACACUCUGCCAAACAGAUCCAGUCCCCCACCCAUGGUUCCCCUAUCCAUAUUAUCAUGGAACGUUCCACCGGCAAAACGAUGGACUGUUUUGUUGAGUUUCCAACUGAAAAGGAAGCUCAGGAUGCUGUCAACCGACUCAACCGCUCCUAUGAUCCUGGCAGCACCCCACGCAUGGGCAACCGGCAUAUUGACAUUGAGAUAAGCAGCCAAGCCAAGCUACUCGAGGCUAUCUUUCCUCUGGCUAAAUGCAUCGAAUGGGUUGAUGGCAAUCCCGUUAAGCAGGAGAACAAGGAUGAAUGGUCCACCGGUUUUAAUGGCUUCCUCACAGAUGAAGAACUCUUCUGUCUCGCUCGUCAUGCUGAGCAACCUCACAGGAGUGCAUUUGCCAACAAAGUUCCUCAGCGCUGCUAUGAAUCAAUGAUCACCACCAUCUGGAAGUUUCCAUGGCACGCCCCUCAUCUUUACACUGUUCAUCAUCGCAAUGCGCUUUUCAAGACUCUUGGUGCCAUGAUCAGGCUUCUGGUUGAGCGUAUCCAGAAGCAAAACACAAUCGGUCUCGAUUCGCGCCUCCUGACUGAACUAGUUCAGGCUGGCUUCAGCUGCCCGGCUUUUAAUCCUCGCAUGAAGUAUUGCUUUGCUUGGUGGUCGCAAAACUCGAGAGCGAUCCAGACCAUGGAUCAUGAUUGGUGUCUAUAUUUCCCAUUUGACACCCUGACCUACGCCCCUGACCACGAUGCUUCAACUAUUCAGUACUACGCCUAUCUCAUGUCCAAAGGCUCCGUUUUGCGCACCGAGAUGAACGGUUUGCCCAACAAACAUACUCAUCCUCAGAUUGAGCGAAUCUUUGGCGCAGCCUGGUUCGAGUGGACCGACUCGGUUGCCUAUGAAAUGAAAUGGGAUGCUGCAAUCUCCUACGAAAAAAAUGUUCUGCGCCAGUUCAUUAUCACUGGGUUUCAGAAUCUUCGUCGCAGGCAGUCUAGUAUCUCAACCAUUGGUACCGCUCCUGACUCCCCGGAUGGUAGCGUCAGAUCCUUGGAUAGUGAGCGGACAAUCUCGGCAAUCAACAGCGACUCAGUGAACCCCAGCCCUGCCCCUGAUCAUAUCUCAACUCUUCCGGCCGCAGGCUAUCUCACUGGCGGGGCUCACCCAGUUGGCCACGGUAGAAAUGUUUCGGUUGACGUUCACCGUGAUUUUUUCGGAAUGGUUACCCACCAAUAUCCUAUGUCGGGGCUACCAACCUUCCAGCAUCGUCCCUCGGUUCCGCCUUACCGUCCACCUCACUCUCGUGUGUCCGUUGAGCAGGUUGAUAACUGGCGUAUGCCUCACGAGGGUCGUUCGGCCUACCACGCACCGCAUUCGACCUCCCACAAUGUCCGGUCGUCCUCUGACCCUUUCGGUCCAGGCCCCUCGGUGUUCCCGGCUAGCCAACGCUCUCGCUCUGAUGCCACCCGUCAGAUGACAAGCCGCGAUCGCCAGGUGUCGGACUCCGUGCGAUCUGCUGGCCAUUCCCAAUUCUUCAAGAAGUAA